AUGUGUGUGAGAGUGUGUGCGAGGGGCAACAGCGCGGCGUGAACGCAGCAGUGGGAAGCAGAAAGACUAUGGCCGCCUCUCUGACUCUGACUCAGCUCUCCAGUGGAAAUCCCAUUUAUGACAAAUACUAUCGACAGGUUGAUCCCAGAGGCAGCGGGAGAGUGGCAGCAGCUGACGCAGCUCUGUUCCUGAAGCAGUCGGGCCUGGCUGACCUGGUUCUGGGCAAGAUCUGGGAUCUGUCUGACUCUGAAAGGAAGGGUUCUCUCAACAAACAGCAAUUUUUUACCGCACUGCGCUUGGUGGCUUGUGCUCAGAAUGGCCUGGAGGUGGCACUCAAGAGCCUUAAUGUGGCUGUUCCGCCCCCAAAAUUUCAGGAUACAAGCAGCCCGUUGUUAGCAGGGGGAUUGACCACCGAUCUUACCUGGGUUGUCAAGCCUGAAGAGAAGUUGAAGUUUGACUCCAUCUUUGACAGCCUUGGUCCAGUCGGGGGGAUGCUCACAGGAGACAAAGUCAAGCCUGUCCUGCUCAACUCGAAACUGCCAGUCGACAUUUUGGGCCGGGUGUGGGAGCUUAGUGACAUCGAUAGAGACGGCAUGUUGGACAAAGAUGAAUUCUCUGUGGCCAUGUAUCUGGUGUACAGAGCUCUGGAAGGAGAAACAGUUCCCGUGUCUCUUCCACCUCCCCUGGUUCCACCCUCCAAGAGGAAAAAAGCCUCGGUACCUACCGUGAUGCCCUUGUUACCCUCGCCCCCCUCCGUCAAAGAUAGUCGUGCCUCCCAUGCUGGCUCUAAGACCAUGCCCCUCCCCCCUAAACCCGCCCCGCCGCCAGCAGCUGCCCCUAACAAGACCAAAGGGAAUAUAAAGUGGGUGGUGUCGCCAGCGGACAAAGCCAAAUAUGACGAACUCUUCAGCAAGACAGAUGGAGACAUGGAUGGGCUGGUGUCUGGACCUGAAGUCAGAGAUAUCUUUCUCAAAACGGGUCUGCCAUCUGCCACGCUCGCACGCAUCUGGGAGCUUUGUGACAUUGGCGACAUCGGAAAACUGACCCGAGAGCAGUUCACCCUGGCGCUACAUCUGAUCAAUCAGAAGUUGACGAGAGGUCUGGACCCUCCACAGAGCCUCUCACCAGAGAUGAUCCCUCCCUCUGACAGACUAAACAUCAAACAGAAUAAUAUGGCCAACCUGGCAGCUGACUUCUCUGCCAUCAAGGAGCUGGACUCUCUUAGUAAUGAAAUUUUUGAACUACAAAGGGAGAAAACCACAGUGGAAGAAGAGAUCAAGGAGAAGGAGGAGGCCAUCAGCGAGCGCAGCAGCGAGGUCCAGGACUUGCAGGGUGAGGUGGCGAGAGAGAGCGAGGUGCUGCAGCAGCUCCAGACUCAGCGCCAGAAGGUGCAGGAGGCCUUGGAGGAGCUGGAUCAACAGAAGGGCUCACUGGAGGAGCAGCUGGCCCACAUUCGCCAGCAGACUAACCAAGAGAGCCAACUGAUUACGUCACUGCAGUUGGAGCAUGAGGAGCAGGAGCAGAGGAUAUGUCAGUACGAGGAGGAGCUGGUCCAGGCUCGAGAGGAGCUUCUGGCUCUGCAGGAGGAGAGCAGGAAGCUGCAGGAGAAGGUCCAAGCUGCACAAGAGCAACUCACACCUCUGCAGGAGUCUGUACGGGACUCCUUCACACAAGUUGCCCAGGUCCAACACAAACUUAACGACCUUCAAGUGGAAGAGAGGUCGAUGGAAGCCCAGCUGAGCUGGAAGAGAGCUUUGGAAGAUGACUCUCCUGUCAUGGUCAAUGGAUCGGCAGGGCCCACACCACAGCUGCAACAUAGGGACCUCUUCCAGGACGACCAACCUAAAGAGCUGAAGGGCGAAGAUCCAGCUGCUGACUCAAACACUCAGAAAGAACUCUUAGAACAAACAGAGAAAGGAGUGAGGGAAGAAAAAGAGGAAGAGAAGGAGGAAGAGCGCCCCAAGACACCAGAAGAGGAAAAACUGAAGCCAGAUGCUUUGGAUGACCUCUACACUAGCCUAGCCUCCUCUGAGAAGUACAUAAAUCUGCCGACGCUCACCAAGCCACAGGAGAAAACUGUAAAUGAACACAAAAACCCUUCACCUGAUGUCUCCUCAGAAGUCCAAGAUGAUGCUGCAGAGUCACCUAAAACAAGCCCACAAAAGGUGGCAUCACCAGAGCCAGAGGUAAAACGGCAAGCUACAGUCUCCUCAGAAGUCAUCCCGUCCUUAUUACCAGCACAACCUCUUCCUCAUUGCUCUGCGCUGCCCGCUACCAGCCAGCCCUCUCUGCCCGAGAUGGACUUCUUCCACUCUGACCCAUUUACAGAGCAUGAUCCAUUCAAGAAUGACCUGUUUGGAAAAACAGAAGCUGCUGAUCUAUUUGGAGGAGAUCCUUUCAAAGGGUCAGACCCCUUCGCUGCAGACAAUUUCUUCAUGCAAACCGCCAGCAACCACUUUUCCUCAGAUGACCCCUUUUCUGGCUCUGCUGACCCGUUUGAUACCACUACUUGUGCGCCGGACCCAGACCUGUUCCCAGCCAAGCGCAAAGAUCCUGCCCCAGCAAUGGCAAUAAAACCAGACCCUUUCACCUCCCAGCCCACGAAUCCAAACGCACCAGCCACAGAUCCGUUCAGCUCUACGAGCAACGACACAACUGAAUCGGACCCGUUCGCUCACAAGAUGAACGCCACUGGUGAGGCAGAUCCAUUUGGUUCUCAGUACUCUGGGACAGAUCCAUUUAGCACAUCUCCGCCCAGCGCUGGUCUGGCAUUGGACACCACAGCAGCCAGUGACCCUUUUGCUCCAGGUGGUACCACAGUGAGUGCCAACUCUGACCCUGAUCCAUUCGCUGCUGUGUUUGGGAAUGAAUCGUUCGGAGGGGGCUUUGCUGAUUUCAGUGCCCUGACAAAGUCAAAUGGCGCUGAUCAGUUUGGCGUCAACAACAAGAACCUGUUCCAGGAGGACAGCCAGUCUGCCAAUGCGGACGUUCCUCCGGCGCUGCCUCCCAAAACGGGUACGCCAACUAGACCGCCUCCUCCACCUCCAGGUAAGAGAUCCUCCCUCUCUAGAACAGAGUCCUCUGACUCCUUCCACCGACGUGGCCCCUUCCCGACACAGAACUCGGGAGAGUUCUCCUCCUCUUCCUCCUCCUCCUCCCUGCCUGCCAAGGAUCCCGUAGCUGACCCCUUCGCCCCCUCCUCCCCUACUCGUCAACACGUUCAGGAAGCUGACCGUUUUACCAGCUUUGACAAAUACCCAACGGAGGAAGACAUGAUUGAGUGGGCAAAGCGCGAGAGCGAGCGCGAGGAGAACGAGCGUCUGGCCAGGCUCACCCAGCAGGAACAAGAGGACCUGGAGUUGGCCAUCGCUCUCAGCAAGUCUGAACUCUCCUGAGGGGCUUCUUUCCCUCAUCCAUCACAUCCCACCCAAACCCCCCCCCGCCACUUUCCCCUCAGUCCGGCACAGCCAGACGUGGCCUGUUUAAGCACCAAAGCGUUAUGGGGACCCUGUAGGACUAAAUAGCGCAUUCUUGGUCUUAAGCAAUGUUGUCCUCAAGACUGUUUUAUCCAUCCUGUCGUGAAGGUCAGCACUGGAGAUGAUGAACAGGAAAAACAGUGAUUUUGAGAUUCAUGUCCUUUUGUGACUUACUCCAGAAUAUAACUUAUUCUAAACCUGCACUCAGUUAUAGAGCUUUAUCCACUAACCUUACCCACUACAGUCCAUUUCAGACCAGCUGUUGCUUGUUUUGUGGAGGAUAUUAGCUGUAAAAACGUGUUAAAAAGUCAUCCAACUGGACUGUAGCAGCCUAUGUAAACAGUCAUUUUAUUUCUCCAAGCCCAAACCAGAUGACAACAAGCAGCCAUGAAGUGCAUGCAGGUUCUAACUAAACAGAAUAAUCAAACCACGUCCGGCAUGUAAGGCUAGCAUGGUUUACCUGAGAGAAGCAUGACUCAAACUGCAUCCAAAUAAUGAUUGUGUUAUGAAAUGAGCAUUAAGAUUCAACACGAGUCUCUUUAUAUUUACAGAUGUAAACUAAAGUGUAACAUUUAAGAAUACAACUAUAUCAUUGUUGGCAUCUUUUUAAAAACUGUCAUAACUUGAAUUUUGAUUUAUUAUUUUUUUAAAGAAAUCAGUAAAGGGUGCACCUUUGAAGAUCGGUGUAGCGACAGUUGGGUCCUGUUCUUGAAGCCCCUCUGUGUCUGUAUUUGUUCAAAAGCGACAGCAGACUCCACUUGAACACUGCUUUCCUAACUUUGUACAGCAAAAUGGAACAAAUAAAUGCAUAGAUCGUACACAACUGUUUCGGGUUGUUCAUUCACAAACAAAGUGACUUGGUCUCC